ACUACUUGAAUGUGUGAGAAAAAAACUGACCAGUGCUAAAGAAUAAUCUCUACCACGAUGGACGUGGGAGCAUUACUUAGCCGCUCGAUACUGCUGGCUUUACUCGUAUUCACGGUGACCCAGGAGGCGCGAGGAUUGCUGUGUUAUUGUGAGCGAUGUGUAAAUCGGACAUGCAACACAACUGGCCUGUGUUUUGCUGUCAUUGCAAAGUCUGCCGGACAAUUUGUGACACAGGAGAGUCAGUGCAUUCAGCAGGAUGAUCUUUACCCAAGGGACAGGCCUUUCCAAUGCGCCCCCUCCAACAACGGCAAGCAUCCGUUUUGCUGCGACACGGACAUGUGCAACAAGAACCCAAAGGUCAACCCAGAGUUGCCUGAUAGUGAACCCCAGUCUCUGAGUCCCAUAGCCUUGGCCGCGGUGAUUGCCAUCCCCAUCUGCGUGCUGAGCUUCAUGCUGGUGCUGCUCUUUUACAUGUGCCAUAAUCGCUCCAUCAUCCACCAUCGUGUGCCAAGUGAGGAAGACCCCACUAUGGACCACCCGUUCCUUGCUGACGGCACCACGCUGAAGGACCUCAUCUAUGACAUGACCACUUCUGGAUCAGGCUCAGGUUUGCCGCUGCUAGUGCAGAGGACCAUUGCCAGGACCAUCAUCCUCCAGGAGAGCAUAGGGAAGGGCCGUUUUGGAGAGGUGUGGAGGGGCCGCUGGCGUGGAGACGAGGUGGCAGUGAAGAUCUUCUCCUCCAGAGAGGAGCGCUCAUGGUUCCGUGAGGCGGAGAUCUACCAGACUGUCAUGCUUCGUCAUGAGAACAUCCUGGGCUUUAUUGCUGCAGACAACAAAGAUAAUGGCACGUGGACUCAGCUGUGGCUGGUUUCUGAUUACCAUGAGCACGGCUCGCUCUUUGACUACCUGAACAGGUACACGGUCACAAUAGAGGGCAUGAUCAAGCUGUCUCUCUCCACCACCAGCGGUCUGGCUCAUCUACAUAUGGAGAUUGUGGGCACUCAGGGUAAGCCUGCAAUAGCCCAUCGUGAUCUGAAAUCCAAAAACAUAUUAGUGAAGAAGAAUGGUACCUGCUGCAUUGCUGACCUUGGAUUGGCCGUGCGCCACGACUCAGCCACAGACACAAUUGAUAUUGCACCCAACCACAGAGUGGGCACUAAAAGGUAUAUGGCCCCUGAGGUGCUGGAUGACUCCAUUAACAUGAAGCAUUUUGAGUCUUUUAAAAGGGCAGACAUCUAUGCCUUGGGUCUGGUGUUUUGGGAAAUUGCUCGCAGGUGUUCAAUUGGAGGCAUCCAUGAGGACUACCAGCUGCCCUACUAUGACCUUGUACCAUCUGAUCCGUCAAUAGAGGACAUGAAGCGGGUAGUGUGUGACCAAAAGCUUCGUGCCAACAUCCCUAACAGGUGGCAGAGCUGCGAGGCCCUGCGUGUGAUGGCAAAGAUCAUGAGGGAAUGCUGGUACGCCAACGGAGGCGCUCGCCUCACCGCGCUUCGUGUGAAAAAGUCUCUAUCCCAGCUCAGUCAACAAGAAGGAAUCAAGAUCUAGAGCAAAACUCUCAUCAUCUUGACACUCCCUCCACUCAUCUAGAGAGGACAGCGAGGGACCUACAUCCGGUGUGGAGGUUUACUUCAAUCGGGAAUAUCGAGGGACCAGAAACGAUUGGUGCUGUUUCACUGUUGUCCAUGAAAAGAUACCUCCUCAUCAUGCAAGAACACCUCAGAUAAACUUUACCAGCCAUGCUUCAUCUGGUGAGUCACCAAACAACAACCACAGAUGGCCAUUCGGUGUCAUUGAUGUGCUUUUCAAACUGGACUUGAGCCUUUUGGACUUGUUUCUGUAUAUAGCCUCUUGUCUCUAGACGUACAUAUCUGACUUGCUUGUAUGCUCGUAUAUUCACGUGUAGAUUAACACAGAAACAAAUACUGCACAUAAUGACGUGCUGCAGUGUUUGUCCCAGGAAGUGCCACUGCUCUGAAACAGUCCUGUUUACCAUAUUUGGCAAAAAAGGAUCUUUGUAGGUAUCAAGUCACUACGUCUCUUUACAACCGACAUUGGAUUUACACCAAGCACUUGUUUGCAAACAACUCAUCAGUUGAAGAAAACAUUGAAAGUAAAAAGAAUAAAAUUCUGCUGAUUGCUGUAGCAGAAACUCCAAAAACUGAUUAUGUGGAAGUGGUUUCAUAAUGUGGCUUCACCAUACUCUCUUUCCAGAGACCAAGAGCGAGCCUGAAGGGACCAGCCAGAAAACUGGGUUAGUCAUCAAAAGCCAUUUGUACAAAGGCCAACUUAGCUACAGCACAUCUACGUUAAUGUAAUAAGGAUGUGUAUGUUUUUAUGC